GAAAAUUAUACCAUGUCUACAUCAAAAUAUCGGAAUCGUUGAAGAAAAACAGUAUAUAUGUAUCAAGCCUGCGGAUUGAAACGCAUAAAGCAAAUUGCCAACUGAUCACAACUUGAUAUUCUCUUUUUCACUAAUAAAUUUCAAGGAAGGAAAUUUUGUUCAACACUUCAAGUUGGUGAAUCUUAAAUCCAGCACACACACAGGAACCGGAGUACGAUAUCCAUAUCUUUCAGGCCACGUGGAGCGAGGAGAAAUUUUCCAAACUCAGCUGGGAAUUUCGACUGGCAUGGGCUUAAUCGUAACAUGGAAGCAUUCCUACCAAAGCUUCACCCCUAUGAGUUUGAUGCAUGGAAGCAUUUGCUUUCUAACAUUGCCAGGAACUGGAGUACAAUAUCCAUAUCUUUCAGGCCAUGUGGAAAGAGGAUAAAUUUUUCCAAACUCAGAUGGGAAUUUCAGCUGGCUUGGGCUUAAGAAUAUCAAGGUCAAUUUUCAAUGCUUUCACCUAUGUAACAAUAUUAGCAUGUUGUAUGAGUUUGAUGCAUGCAAGCAUUCCUACCAACGCAGCCACCUCCAGGCUGAGAGGGAAUGAGACAGAUCGACUUGCAUUGUUAGCUUUCAAGGCCAAAAUAAUCAGUGAUCCACUCCAAGUUACGAGUACGUGGAAUGGAUCAAUACACUUCUGUCAGUGGCAUGGUGUUACAUGUGGUCACCGUCACAAAAGGGUCACGAGGUUGGAGCUACAGUCUCGGAAUUUAUCUGGCACCAUAUCGCCACACAUUGGGAAUCUAAGCUUUCUAAGAGCAUUAGUUCUCGUGAAGAAUAGUUUUGAACAAGAAAUUCCCCUUGAACUUGGCCGUUUACGAAGAUUGCAAAUUUUAUCUCUUGGCAAUAACUCAAUAAGUGGUAACAUUCCUGCUAAUUUAUCUGCUUGCUCUAACCUCAAUGUCUUAGAUUUGGAAUACAACAAUCUGGUAGGGCCAAUUCCUGUGGAGCUGGAAACCUUGUCAAAGCUCCGGAUAAUGAGUAUUAGGCACAAUCACCUAACAGGAAAUUUAUCACCUCAUUCAUUCAUGAACUUGUCAUCUCUUGAGAACCUUUCUGCAUAUGGAAAUAAUAUUGGCGGGGGUGUACCUGAUGCACUUGGCCAACUUAAAAACCUAAGAAGAAUUUCACUAGGUGACAAUAGGUUGUCUGGUACCAUCCCUCCUCCAAUCUUCAAUCUCUCUUUACUGGAAGUUUUCGAUGUGAUGAUAAAUAACCAAAUAAAAGGCAGCCUUCCCUCGGACAUAGGCAUCACUCUUCCUAAUAUUCGAUUCUUUGGCAUUGUCUCUAACCAAUUUACUGGAUCUAUUCCUAUCUCAAUAUCCAAUGCAUCGAAUCUUGAAGUGUUAUUACUCAGUUUAAAUAAUCUGUCUGGAAAGGUGCCUACAAUGGAGAGAUUGCUAAAGCUGAAUUUUUUAAAUUUGGCCAGCAAUAAUCUUGGAAGUGGGGGAAUUGAAGACUUCAACUUUUUGUCCUCUUUGACCAAUAUCACCAAUCUAAGGGUGAUGGUCUUGGACAAUAACAGUUUUGGUGGAAUGCUUCCCAAAUCCAUUGCCAACUUCUCAACCAAGUUUCAAUUCUUUAACUUAGCCAAUAAUCAAUUAUUUGGGAGCAUCCCGGAAGGGAUCGAGAAUCUAAUCAACUUGAAUUGGCUAAAUAUGUGGGGCAACAAGUUCACAGGUAACAUUCCCACCGAGAUUGGAAUGCUUCGAAACCUAAACGAAUUGAGCUUGGCUUAUAACAAAUUUUCCGGAUCCAUUCCCUCCUCUCUCGGAAAUUUAACUAUGUUAAACCUCUUGAAUUUAGCUAACAAUAAUCUCAAUGGCAGCAUUCCUUUAAGUCUUGGGAAAUGUCAUAAUUUAUUAUUACUUGACCUUGCUGAAAACAAUCUCAAUGGUACCAUACCCUCAGAAGUUCUGAGUCUAUCCUCCUUAUCAAUCUAUCUAGAUCUGUCUCAAAACCAUUUCACUGGUUCACUUCCCACAGAAGUUGGAAAUUUGAGAAAUUUAGGUGCACUGAAUGUUUCGGAGAACAUGCUGUCCAGUGAAAUUCCAAGCACUAUUGGUAGCUGUGUGAGAUUGGAGGGAUUAUAUAUGGCAGGUAACUUCUUCCAAGGAAGCAUUCCAUCAUUUUUGAGCUCUCUGAGAGGUCUUCAAGAUUUAGAUCUUUCUCGCAACAAUUUGUCUGGAAAAAUUCCAGAAUAUCUUGAGGGUUUCGAAUUAUUAAAAUUUUUGAAUCUAUCUUACAAUGAUCUCGAGGGUGUGGUACCAAAAAAUGGUGUCUUUGGAAAUGCAAAUGCAGUUUCAGUCGCUGCAAAUAGUAAGCUCUGUGGAGGUAUACCUGAAUUACAGCUGCCUAAAUGUAACUUCAAAGGAUCCAAAAAGAGGGUAUUAACUCUUACCUUGAAAUUAAUAAUCCUCGUAGCAUCGGGGCUUAUUGGAUUAACAUUACUCUUGUGUAUUCUAGUUCUUUACUGGCAUAAAAAGAAGAGAGAAAGACCUUCUUCAGAAAAUUCAGGAAGAUUUUUUUUGAAAGUAUCCUACCAAAGUCUACAUAAAGCUACCAAUGGUUUCAGCAUCUCCAAUUUGAUAGGGGUGGGUAGUUUUGGGUCUGUAUAUGAAGGACUUCUUGACGAUCAGGAAGGGAAAAAGGUUGCCGUGAAGGUACUCAAUCUUUUGCGGCCAGGAGCUUCCAGGAGUUUCAUCACCGAGUGUGAGGCGUUGAGGAGCAUCAGGCAUCGGAAUCUUGUCAAGGUAAUCACUGCAUGUUCAAGUGUUGAUCACCAAAAUAAUGACUUUAAGGCUCUGAUUUAUGAGUUCAUGGUCAAUGGGAGCCUAGAUGAUUGGUUGCAUCCAAUUCAAGGAGACCUUGAGGAGUAUGUGGAAGCAAAAAGUUUGUGCCUUGGUCAGAGAUUGAAUAUUGCCAUUGAUAUUGCUUGUGCAUUGGAUUAUCUCCACCAUCGUUGUCAAACUACGAUUAUCCAUUGUGAUAUGAAGCCAAGCAAUGUUCUUCUGGAUGAUGACAUGAUUGCUCAUGUAGGUGACUUUGGGAUAUCAAGAUUUCUUCUUGAUGCUAACAAUAAUGACAGUGGAAACCAAACCAGUUCUGUUGGAAUCAGAGGUUCCGUUGGUUAUACACCACCAGAGUAUGGUAUGGGAAGUGAGGUGUCAAUAUCCGGUGAUGUGUACAGCUAUGGCAUUCUCUUGCUCGAGAUGUUUAUAGGAAAAAGGCCUACUGAUGAGAUGUUUAUUGAUGGUCUGAAUCUUCAUAACUUUGCCAAGACAGCUUUGUCGAUGGACAGAGUAGUUAGCAUUGCAGAUUCGGUACUUCUCCAGCAAGGAGAAAAGGGUGACGCAAGUACGAGCACCAACAACACUCUCAAUCAAAGCCGUGUUAGCAGUUGCAAGAUUCUGGAGUGCUUGACUGCCGUAUUUAGUAUUGGAAUUGCAUGUUCAGAAGAGUCACCAACUGAACGAUUGGAUAUUACUGAUGUUGUAGCUAAGUUGCAUGCCAUUAGGGACAAUCUUCUUGGAACUGGUGGAGCGCAUGUCGGAAGACCUAAUUAACUGCAGGUUGAUCGUGAGUAGAUGCUUUGAGGUCUGUUGAGCUUGGAGAAGUUGGUUGAUUCAUCAAUUGUGCAGUGCAUGUCAAAUACUGCUUUUGCUGAUUGUUACACAUACUGUUCUGUAUUUUCUUUUUCUUUUUCUUUCAUCUCUGCUCUCCAGUGUGCAACUUUUCUCAUUUAAAUGUACUUCAAUAAAGAGUCAUGAAAAUAAUUUCAGCAUAAAUAAAAAUUUAUAUAAUGUAGUGCAUAAAUUU